CAACAGCACAGCUGAUCGGUGGCUAUAAUGUAGCUUCAAGCUUACAGAGUGGGUGGAGACUGAGUUGAGCGAUAUCAACCGACGUAAUUACAGUUGGUUCCAAAGGCAACCCAUCAAACAUGAAUUUUAUCAAGACUGUUUCACCCCCGCUCCGCCGUGCAACCGCUUUCACACCCUGAGUGGCGAGUGCGUUGGUUGGAGACUGAAGAGCCGCACAUCAUACGGAAACAGUGCAUAGCGCACCGAAUUCGGAUCGCAGUGUAUCCUACGUAGCUAACGCAUUUAAAAUAUAUCACUGUGUAGAAUAUAAUCAAUACAUUUCUGGGGGAACACUUUACUCUUUAUAAACGAAUUGGACUGUUGUUAUAACGAUCUUCUGGAUAAAGACUAUAACUACUGCCAAGCUGGCUUGGGUAUUGCACUGACUGGCGGCCAGUGCAUUUCCACCCAUCCUCAAGAUGCAUAUGAAUAGCUUAUUAAAUCAAUGGACAGACAUCACUCCCCACUCCAGGAUGUGUGACUGUGACGUGGAUGUGUCCUCAGAGCCCACCAGCCCCAGGCUCUAUGGUGAGUCCUCUGACAAAUACUACCAUGUGGACCGCUGGCAGAAGCUCCGCACCGCCGUCCGCAAGCUGGAGUUCUGGGAGAACUUCACCGCCGAGCUCAUCGGGAGUGGCUUCUUCUCCAAAGUCUACAAGGUGAUUCACAGUACGAGCCGUAAGGUGAUGGUGGUGAAGAUCUAUAAGAAUGAUGUGGACCAGGAUAGCAUUGUGCGUGAGAUCAGCCUACUGCAAAAACUCUCCCAUCCCAACAUAGUCAGGUAUCUGGGGAUAUGUGUGAAGGAAGAUAAACUCUACCCUAUUUUAGAGUAUGUUAGUGGAGGAUGUCUGGAGGAACUGUUGGCCAGGAAGGAUGUGUCUCUGUGCUGGAGGGAGAAGGUGGACCUGGCCUGUGACAUCACCAGAGGAAUGAUCUACCUGCAUUACAAGAACAUCUACCACAGGGACCUCAACUCCAAGAACUGUCUGAUCCGUGUGACGGCGCGGGGCAGGGAGGCCCUGGUCACAGACUUUGGCCUGGCCAGAGAGGUGGUGGAACUGCCGGUUAAAGACCCAGAGAGGAAGCUCUCCCUGGUGGGAUCUGCCUUCUGGAUGGCCCCGGAGAUGCUGCGUGGGGAACCCUACGAUCGCAAGGUGGAUGUAUUUUCCUUUGGAAUUAUGCUCUGUGAAAUACUGGCAAGGAUCCCUGCAGACCCAGAGAUUCUACCAAGAACCCAGGACUAUGGCCUGGAUGUGAGUGCGUUUAGGGAGCUGGUGGGCGGGUGUCCUCAGCGCGUGUUGGAGCUGGCAGCCAGCUGCUGUCUGAUGGAGUCCUUCAGGAGACCAGCAUUCACAGAGCUGCUGGAUGAACUGGGGGAGAUCGCUGAGACUCUGGAACCGCCCCCUAACCCGCCCUCUAACUCAGAGCUGACCACUGGGUGAGCUGCCUGGGUUGGCCGAAGCCCCACCCACCCAUCUAUCCUGAGGAGGACUGGAGUAUUUGGGAUUUGUAUACGGGCUCAAUCCCAAAUGGCACCUUAUUCCUUAUAUAGUGUACUAUGUUUUGCCAGGACCCUGUGCUCUGUUCAAAAGUAGUGCACUAUAUAGGAAAUAGGGUACCAUUUGGGAAGCAACAAUAGACAGUUGCACAGGGGCAGGGGCACAACACUUCACCAGGAUGACCUCUCUACAGGGGCUGACCUCUCUGUUUGUGCCUGCCUACACUGCACCUACAGAUGUGUCGGGGGGUAGCUCCACAGUUUUCAAGUGAGACCCUGGUGGAUUAAUGGAUGGAAUAGACCAUAUGUAUCUUGAAGAGAGGGUUUCUUUGGAAGCUUUAUUUGACCAGUUCACACACUUUGUGUACAGGUGAUAGAAGUUGGGCAUAAUGUUGUUUAACGGCAUGUCUUUCGUUAACUUACAUUUUCUUAAUCUUAAUCUCAUAUGCUGCUUUUUUGUUUAAAUUUGUUGUUGUUGUUGUUAAUGUUUAUGACAGUGUUUUGUGAUGUAACUGGUGAUGAUGAGGAUAAACAUGAUGAUGAGGAGGAUGGUGAUGGAGGAGGAUGGUGAGAGUGAUGGAGGAUGAUAGUGAUAGAGGAUGAUGGUGAUAGUGAUGGAGGAUGAUGGUGAUAGUGAUGGAGGAUGGUAAUGGAGGAUGAUAGUGAUGGAGGAGGAUGGUGAUGGAUGAGGAUUAUGGUGAUAGUGAUGGAGGAUGAUGGUGAAGGAAGAAGGUGGUGAUGGAAGAGGAUGGUGAUGGAUAGUGAUGGAGGAGGAUGGUGAUAGUGAAUGAGGAGGAUGGUGAUCGUGAUGGAGGAGGAUGGUGAUAGUGAUUGAGGAGGAUGGUGAUGGAGGAGGAUGGUGAUGAUGGAAGAGGAUGGUGAUGGUGAUGGAAGAGGAUAGUGAUGGAGGAUGAUGGUGAUGGAGGAAGAUGGUGAUGUAGGAUGAUGGUGAUAGUGAUGGAGGAUGAUGGUGAUGGAGGAUGAUGUUGAUAGUGAUGGAGGAUGAUGGUGAUGGAAGAGGAUGGUGAUGGAGGAGGAUGGUGAUAGUGAUAAGGAUGAUAGUGAUAGAGGAUGAUGGUGAUAGUGAUGGAGGAUGAUGGUGAUAAUGAUGGAGGAUUGUAAUGGAGGAGGAUGGUGAUGGAGGAGGAUGGUGAUGGAGGAUGAUGGUGAUAGAUGAUGGUGAUGGAGGAUGAUGGUGAUAGUGAUGUAGGAGGAUAGUGAUGGAGGAGGAUGGUGAUGGAUGAGGAUGAUGGUGAUAGUGAUGGAGGAUGAUGGUGAUGGAAGAAGGUGGUGAUGGAAGAGGAUGGUGAUAGUGAAUGAGGAGGAUGGUGAUCGUGAUGGAGGAGGAUGGUGAUAGUGAUUGAGGAGGAUGGUGAUGGAGGAGGAUGAUGGUGAUGGAGGAGAAUGGUGAUGCAGGAUGAUGAUGGUGAUCAUGAUGAUGAUGAUGAAUAAGAAGGUGAUGAUGGUGAUGGAGGAGGAUGAUGGUAAUGAUCAUGAUGAUGAUGAUGAUAGUAGGGGGGAGGAUGGUGAUGGAAGAGGAUGAUGGUAUUGGUUUCUCAUGAUGGUGAUGAUGAUGAUAGUGAUGAUGAUGAUGAUGAUGAUGAUGAUGAUGAUGAUGAUGAUGAUGAUGAUGAUGAUGAUGAUGAUGAUAGUGAAUAUGAUGAUGAUGAUGAUGAUGAUGAUGAUGAUGAUGAUGAUGAUGAUGAUGAUGGUGAAGAUGAUGAUGAUGAUGAUGGUGAAGAUGAUGGUAUUGGUUUCUCAUGAUGAUGAUGAUGAUAGUGAUGAUAAUGAUGAUGGUAUUGGUUUCUCUUGAUGGUGAUGAUGGUGAGGAUGAUGAUGAUACAGACACUCAUCUGUUGAUUUAUUUCCUUCAACCGUUAUUUUCUAUUGUCUUUCUAUUUCUAUUCUUUUGUUUUUUUCAACUCUGCCUAAAUCACCAGAUGCUAGAGGGACGUCAUGCUCAACACUCCAUGUCACCUCUUUUCAAACAUGAAAUUGCUUCAGUUCAGUUAGCUGAGCUGUGAAUAGGGCUGUUGUUCACAGCUUUACAAGGAACUCAAAGACAUCACCAUCAAUUCAGCUAGCUAGCACAAUACAGACGGCAGGCAGGCUAAUACCGGUGGGUGCACAGUGGAUAGGUAUACCCAGUGGGCAAAACUGGUUGAAAAUACGUCAUUUCAACCAGUUUUGCACACUGGGUUACGUCAUUAGCUAGUUAGUAAAGUUCAGCUGAACUCUGUCUACCUGGUCAAGAGAUCUUAUCUCAGUAGAUCUCUAUUUUCUUGUUGUUAUAUAAAGUACAGUACAGUAUGUAAUAUUUCCCAUCCCUAUUUUCUCAUCGGUCUUAAAUAAUAUAUAUUUUUUUGUUGUUAUUUUAUUUAUUGUUUUUGCAAUCUAAAUAUGCACAAUUAAUAUUCGGGCAUCUACAGUACUGGGUACUUGUUACAGUUGAUUUAAUACCAAAUCUGAUAUUACUGGUCAUUCAUAACAUGUUGUGUUGAACCUGUGGCUGUGAAUAUUCCAACUGUCUGAGAACUUUCCAUGCUGUUGCCAGGUAACCAGUAUUUGCCAGUAAGUAUGUGUCAUCAUCUUAAUCUGAUGUUUAUAGUGUCACUUGAAGAGUAGAAAAAACAGGCCGCUGCUGUAGGAACAUUUUAUUUGAUUUAUUUAAGUCUCUUCUUAUUGAGCUAUUGUUUCGAGAAGCAUAUCAAAUAAUGACGUAAAAUAUUCUAAACUGAAGCUUACAGACAUAUAUGUAAGUAAGUCUUGGACAAGUAGCUAGCCUUGGGCGUUCAAAGUAUUUCCAUUCUAAUAAAUAAAAUAACAAUGUUCCUCCUGCUAUAUCACUUUUUAGAAUUUCAAAAUCUUUGUGAUACUAUAUGAAGGCAGUUCUUACAUUAUUUCAACUUUGUCUGCUACAUUUGGCAUUACUCUGUAAAGCUAAGUACAUUUGCAAGAAAUAGAAAUAGGCAUUUAAAGAUAAAAAGUUAUAUUUGAAACAUGUACACGUAUUUUACAGAUGAAUUGCUUCUUUCAAUAAACAGUUUCUCUGGUUCAGGGUAA